CGCAAGCGCAGUGCGAUGUCCCGUAAACCGGCGGCCAAGGCCCGGCCCGGUGCCGCUGCCGCAGCCGGGCGGGCGCGCAGGUCCCGGCAGAGCCCCGGCAGGCAGGGCCCGGGCCCCGGCCCCGCACCGGGCGGCGGCGGCGGCCUCGCACGGCAGCUCUGGGCCCUCGGCCUCAAGCUGCGGGAGGUGCCGGGCGAUGGCAACUGUUUGUUUCGGGCCCUGGGGGACCAGCUCGAGGGGCACUCGCGGAACCACCUCCGCCACCGCCAGGAGACGGUGGAUUACAUGAUCCAGCAGCGGGAGGACUUUGAGCCCUUUGUGGAGGAUGAUGUGCCCUUUGAGAGACAUGUUUUCAAUCUAGCAAAGCCUGGUACCUUUGCUGGCAAUGAUGCUAUUGUGGCCUUUGCAAGGAACAAUCAAAUGAACGUGGUUAUUCAUCAGCUCAACGCCCCACUCUGGCAGAUUCGUGGUACAGACAAAAGCAAUGCAAGAGAACUGCACAUUGCAUAUCGUGACGGAGAGCACUAUGACAGUGUGAGGAGGAUCAAUGAUGAUUCUGAAGCUCCAGCCUAUCUUCAGAUGGAGUUGCUUUCCAAAAAUGAUUCAGGUACAAAGAAGGAAGAGAAGCCACAGAAGGAGGACUCUGAAGAUGAAAUUGAAGUUGAGAUGGAAGAUGCUGUACAAGAAGUGUGUAAUGCAACUGGAUGUUCAGACAUUGACUUGGUAAGCCAGGUUCUGGAAGUGGAAGACUACAAUGUAGAAUCUGCCAUCUUUCAAAUGAAUGCAGUGAAGAGAAUGAGUACUGAGGAGCAGCACGAUCCCCAGAGCACAGCUCAGGAAGCGCACAGCAGAACUCUGGGGGAAGAAAACGGAACUGGUUUGAGACUCUUUGGAAAUCAGAGCUUGCCUCAAGGUGAAAGAGAAAACAACAAGGGACAGCCUAGAUCCUACAAAGAGAACCAAGCUAGCAGAAACCCAAAGGCAUCUAAAAAACAAAAGAAGGAGGAGCAGAGACUGGAGAAGAAGAAGAGGCAGGAAGAGAGGCACCGACAAAAGGUCUUGGGUAACAAAAGUAACUGUCCAGUUAGUGGCAAGAGAGACACACACUCAACCAACCACGUCACCUUGGUGAAGGCCAUAGGGGCGCUAAACAUAUGACUGUGUUCUGAGUGCUCUGGUGAGAAAAGCAAAUAAAGCUGAGGAAGACAAUCUGCCCUCAAGCAGAUUUCCAAGAACUCCUUGUUAUCUGUUGCUGCGGAGAUCUCUAAGCACACAUGAACUUCCUGUUUCCUCAGUUGUGGGGCAGUAAUUCUGCAUCAAUCUGUGUGUGAGAAGAGUUGUUUGAACUUAACAAAAAGUAGAGACUUGGGUGUAUGAUUCUGGAGGUAGAUGAAGGUGAGAACCAUUUCUUCACCCAGCAGUGUCAGGUUUGCUCUGACACUUCUUGAUGUGCUGAGAUGAUUUAGAUUUAAUGUAACUUUCUACUUGGGUUACACUUGGAGGAGCUUUAUUUAAUCUUGCUGUCAGGGAAAGCUUAACAAUUCUCAGCUCAGGGGUUUGGUUUCUCUUCCUGUUUAAAUAAAGCAAAGAGAAUCCUAGAAUCCUUUCCAAACCGAAGUGUGUCAGCCAGCACUGUGUCAACUGUGACAUUCCUCUUUUCUUUCCCAUGCAAGAAUGCAGGGAUGAGUUUUAUUUUAAUUAGAACUUCUUGUAUUGCAUAGGCUGUUGGAGAAGCGAUUAAUAUGUGGAGGGAGAAUGGGAUUGCUGCAUCCAGUUUGAGAUGAGCUCAGUAAUACCAGUGAACUCCUGAGACCACAGAGCCAGUUUACCCUGAUGAGGUUGUAAAACACAACAUGAGCAGGCAUGAGGUUCCUGUUGAGUGUUAUUACUUGGACAUCAGGAAUCUCAUCUCCUUUGCCAUACUCUGGAGCAUUUGGGCUACUCCAGAGCUUUAAUCCAAGCCAGGAGCUUGAUAUUUGUUAGUCUCCACAUGGAGUUAAUGUAGCCAAAGGCCUGGGAGCAAGGUUCCAAGCAGCAGUGCUCACUGGGAACUCUGCCUACUUCGCUCUUCAUAAAUCAAGCUUUUUCCAGGGUAGGAUGUUUUCAUCUUAAACCCCUCUUUGGUAAGUUCACUGAGCUCCAUAGAAUGUACAGCCUGAAUCCUGUGAUACUUUCUACUAUAGGAUUGUGAAUAUGGGCUGAAGCGUGAGGACUGUGGGACUUGGCCCUUGAUUUAUGGCUUGUGGUGUUUCAGCUUCACUCUGGAUUUUAGGCUUGGCGUCAAACACUAAGCUUGAAGGAAGCACAACAGAUAAGAGGAGACACCUCAUCAGCCAGGGCAAAGAUUAGAAACAUCUUUCUGGAAGUAAGGAAUGCUGCUUUUGACAAAAUUCCAUGUAUUCUCUGAAGUUUCCAAAUCAGCACAGAAAUACAAAUGCCUUUUCUGGCUGAACUGCCAAGAUCUGAGCUAGUACUUCUUCAUAUGCUCUGCUACUGUUUAUCCAGAGCAGUUGGAGAAAGAAAGGAAGGAGCUGUAAGUACUGGUGGCAUAGGAGAACAGGCUUUAAUGCUGGUGAAGAAGUUCCUUUGGUUCCUGUAAUGAGCUUGGUGGAAAUAAAAAGUAAUACAAAGCAGCCCUUCUGCUUUAUGGUGGGACAUAGUGUCUGGCAAGUGAAGCAGUGGGUUACAUGCUGCUCUGAGUGCCUGUGGUGGGCAUGGGGGAAGUCUGUACUAUUCCAUAGGUGGGAAGAGCAUGGAUGAGCCUUGAAUUCACAGUACUGUUCUUACGCUGUAAAGGAGUUAGGUGAAAUCUGUUUCAUGCCAACCUUAGCCUGUUGUUAGCACCGUUGCUUCCUGGCAUUCAUGUUCUCUAAGACAGUCACUUUCAGUAAUGGAACCACAAGUCAUGGCUGGAAGGGAGAAAGCACGAGUCGCUUCACCGGGGUGAGGAGCUGAGGACAGCCAGGUAAUGGAGAGCUGAUAAAAGGAUUAUUGUUGCUUGGAGCCUGAAGAGCCAUGAGGGGACUUAUGCUGCAGACAGCAGGAAGAAAGCUGAGCUUUCCCGUGUGUGAAGGGACCUGCAAAACUCACCCUGCCCAGGACAAACAUGAGCCUGCAAGAGCAACACCUCUUCAAUGGCAAAGAGAGAUGCUGACCGUCAGCUCAGGGACACCUGGAACCAAAUCUGUGGCUGAAAAUGCUUUCAUUUCCGAGUGUAAUAUGAUUAAAAUCAAUUUUUUCAA